AUGGCCAAAUCUCAGGUCCAUGAGCCUGAGGCCGGCGAGGUGCAGGAGUGGCGCGAGGAAGGCGUCCGCAACACCAGCCUCCUCGCCAACUGGCGCAUCAUUCUUGUCACGCUCUAUGUGGGCAUGUCACUGUUCGAAUAUGGCUACGACAAAGGUGCCAUUGCUGGCUUCCAGGCAAUGAACGGCUUCUUGAUGGUCUUUGGAUACCAGACUGAUGAAGGAGCAUGGGCUAUUGCGCCCGGCCCGCAACGUAUCAUCUCCUCCUUCGUGACUCUCGGCGCUUUCGUGGGUGCGCUCAUCACCGGGCCCAUCGGAGCGUGGCUCAGCCGUCGUUACUCCAUUAUGAUGGCUUGCACCUUUCUCAUCGUCGCCAUCGCCAUCAUGGCUGAGACUACAUCGUUCGGCGCGCUAUACUUCUCUAGACUCCUCUGCGGCCUUGCCAACGGCAUUCUCAUGAACUUUGCCUUGGUGUACCUACAAGAAUGCACGCCUCCCUACCUGCGUGGCCUGUGCUUUGGUGUUGCUACCUUUUGGAUCACCCUCGGCAGUACCAUAGGCAUGGUCGUUAACAACUUCACGGAGCACAUGCAUAGCAGAAUGGCGUAUCAGAUUCCCCUUUAUGUCUGCUUCCCUAUCCCUGCUUUGCUCGUCCUCACCAUGCCAUUCCUCCCGGAGUCUCCUCGAUGGCUCCUUCACCGUAACCGCCCCGAGGAGGCGCUCAAGAGCCUGCGUUUCUUCCGCAAGGGCGCGUACGACGAGGUUGCCGUGCUCCAGGAGUUUGAGGAAAUGAAGUUGGUUGCUGCCAGGGAGGCCGAGACCGAUAAGGACUGGCGCCUGAUGCUCGAGCUUUUCAGGGGCACCAACCUCAGGAGGACCAUUGUUUCCGUUGGUGUGACUUCUGCAAACGCUGGUGUCGGUGCCAUGUUCAUUCUCAGCUUCGGUACCUACUUCCUCAAGGUGGCCAAAGUCGGCGACCCGUUCAUGUGGACCAUUGUUUCCAACUCGAUGGGUCUCUUUGGCCUCAUUCUCUCUUGGUUCGCCAUCGAGCGCCUUGGCCGCCGCCGUCUCAUUAUCGCGAGUUGCCUUAUCUGUUCUUUCUCUAUGCUCCUCAUUGCCGCGGCCUACACUUCUCCCAGCCUCUCUACCCAUCAAGCGGGCACCGCGCUUAUUGUGGGAAUGAGCUUGUACCUCUUCGGUUUCAACUUUGGCCUGGAACCCUACGCCUUCUUGACGUCCGGAGAGCUGCCCGCUCAGAACCUCCGAGCCUACACCCUGGGCCUGUCGGUUGCCGUCAGUUUCGUGCUUGCCUGGGCUUGCACUUUCACUGCCCCUUACUUCAUUAACCCCGCAGAGAUGAACUGGGGUGCCAAGUAUUCUUGGAUCUGGUUUGUUAGCGGUCUCAUCUCGACCGUCUUCAUCUACUUCCUGCUUCCUGAUGUCAAGGGUCGCAGUUUGGAGGAGAUUGACGAGAUGUUCAGGAACAAAGUCUCUAGAAGGGGUUUCAAGACCUAUGUCUGCGCGGAGAUGGAACAGGCUCGCUCGCAAGGAGCUGUCAUUGCCCUGGGCAAGGAGAAGGACCACCAGGAAGAUCAGCCCGUAGAGACUCAUGUCGAGAACGCUAAGUAG